UACCGUUUCUUUCGACCUCGUUCUCAUUUCCUUAACUUCAGUCUCUACCUUAGGGUACCAAGCCAUCCUACCAUCCGUUUCUAUUUUCAACCCUCCACUGCUCACAUUUACGUCGUGUCCACAGCGUCACGACGCCAAUGUGCUGGCAAUGCGGGCAACAAAAACAAACAUCAACUGAAGCAUGACGAGGAAGACUGGGAACAUGAGCUGAAUGCUUCUCUUAUGGAGGGGCCAUCCCUCUUUCCCCGGCUUUGCCAGGUCAGUGCGGCAAUGGCGGGAAAUCAGCCGUCGGCAACAUGUCUUCCUCGUCGUUGAUCAAUCUUCACACCACGCGGUCUUCCUUGUCGAAGCUUCAUCAUGAUGGCUGGCCCGUUCGUGUCACUCACUGCCAUCCCAUCUUCGACAAAGGCUGUGACGAGAAUCUGUACCAAAAAUCACUCAGCAUCCCAACAACAAGACUGAAGAAACUCAUCAAUUGCAAACACUCGUGGCAGCGUUGGCAAGGGAGAGCCAUGUCUCGAGAUACCAUGUGCCGAUACACGCUUGUUGGCAGACUGUCUCACGGCUAUCGUCUUGUGUUUCAACCCACUUCGUCCUACACACUCACUUCCUCAGCUUCUUCGAUAGUCGAGACACCUCACAGUCAGUACGGAGUACGGAUACGGAUGCUCGCCGUCCAAAUUGGUUCCCCUCAUUCAUCUGUAGUGAUGUUGAUGCAUUUUCUGGGGUACGGCCGGCACCCUCCCCGUCUGAACACGGUUAUCAAUACGGUUGUGGGCGACAGCUCGCAUGCUGGCUGGUGCAGGACGACCGAAAUCGGCAAGGUGGACAACGAUCAAUUGAGAGACGGGCAACAACCUGCACAGCGAGACUAUGUAUCCGUAUGUAUGGCAACUGGGCGUCGGUGUGAUUCUCUCACCACCAAGCUUGUGCAGGUACAUGUGUCCGCAGAGUCACACUGCAGCAGCGCCGCGUCUGUCGCAAUGGCGCGGCGCGAUACGGAUAUACUGGUUGCUUCUGCAGAGUGCAGCCAUGGACUUGUAGCCAUUGACAUCCGAGUUCCAACAAGACGAUGACACGAACUGUCAAAAUACGGACUUCCAUCAUCGUCAGCCCAAAAACAGAGCUCCAUAAGCCAAGUGAGCAUAAACAUGGUAUCCAUUCAGCGAAGAAACAUUCACAAACUGCCGAAUAGA